AUGGGAGAAUUCUACCAGAAACUAAUAGCCUUGGACGUUCCCCUCCUUAUACCGAUACCCAGAACAAUAACGUCAAGUGGGUUCUUUCCAUCAUGGAACGCUUCAACCGUUCAUUACCUAUGUGUCCGCUUCACAGGUGGAACCUCACCACACACCGAGUUUUCAUUCGAAGAGAAAUUCGCCAUCCCUAUAAAAUUAUACGAUACGCUUCCUUUGUAUCGUCAGUUUAAUGAGCCUUUAGUGGAACAGCGGCCCACCUCAGAUAACCAGGUCUUGGUGGAUCUCGAACUACCGAUCAGCUCAGUAGGUCCGCUGGAUCCAUUCCAUCUACGAGUCAAAAUUGGCGCCAAUCCCCUACACAAUAAAAGGAAGAGGAACCUUCGACUAAAGCUGGUGACCAUGCAAAUCAAAGAGUACAUGCAAGGCUUUGAUUCGGGUCUUCCAGUAAAGAGAGAAAUCAAGUUGCGCAGUGACACUGAUGAAUGCGAUAAACCUAUCACUUCAGACGGCACGACGCAUAUUUUUGAGUUUCCUUUUCCAUAUGACAAUGACUUCGUGCAUCAUUUCUCUCUUUCUGAUGCACAGAUUAUUAACGAGGAACUCUCGGUCAAGUUUCCCAGCGCUACAUUCAACAAAAAUAGAAAUCUACCCAAAGCGGCCGAAGGCAUUCCAGUGACACAUACUCAGGGAUUCACAACCCUGGGAAGACUCUUCUCCAUUCGCUAUGAGAUAAUUGUGAAGGUGAAAAUCAGUCAUGGAAAAGACACCGUUGUCACGCUUCCUUUGACGGUCUCUCCCUUUGACCGAGACAGCUGCGAGUAUUUGCUCAGCUGGAUCAAAGGGGAGUGCCUUCUAGCUCGCGAUCGCUUCACUAAAGAGACAGUAAACCGUGUUGCAGCCACCUUUAAAGACGAAGAGGUGCACAUGCUUCUCCAACGCUUCUGUCCACCACCCGUCGUUUACAGAGUCAACAAGGCCGAUUGGGAAGCUCUUGGCUAUACAGUGGACAAUUACGGCCAACUGAUAAUUAAGUGCAUCGAGUAA